AUGGACGAAUCGUUCAUCGGCAAAACUGGUGGCGAAAUUUUCCAUGAGAUGAUGCUCAGGCACGGUGUCAAGCAUAUCUUUGGGUACCCUGGAGGUGCUAUUCUACCCGUUUUUGACGCCAUCUACAAUUCACCACACUUCGAUUUUAUCCUUCCCAGGCAUGAGCAGGGUGCCGGCCAUAUGGCGCAGGGUUAUGCCCGUGCUUCUGGAAAGCCCGGUGUUGUCCUUGUUACCUCUGGCCCAGGUGCCACGAAUCUUGUAACGCCGAUGCAAGAUGCCCUCUCAGAUGGCACCCCCUUAAUUGUCUUCACUGGUCAGGUAGUCACAUCGGCAAUUGGCAGUGACGCGUUUCAGGAAUGCAACAUCCUCGGCAUCUCCCAAUCCUGUACCAAGUGGAACGUCAUGAUUAAGAACGUUGCCGAGCUUCCACGGCGAAUUAAUGAGGCCUUUGAGAUUGCCACUAGUGGUCGUCCUGGUCCUGUCCUUAUUGACCUUCCUAAGGAUGUCACUGCCAGUGUCCUAAGAAAGGCUAUUCGAGCCGAAACUACACUACCCUCCCUCCCAAGUGUUGCCUCCGCUCGGGCCGCCUCUAAGCUAGAGAAGCAGCUUGAUGCUUCAAUUAACCGCGUGGCUGAGCUUAUCAAGAUUGCUAAAAAGCCCGUUAUAUAUGCGGGCCAGGGUAUUAUUCAGUCUGAGGGUGGCGUUGAAGCGCUACGCGAGCUGGCUGAUAAGUGCUCUAUUCCUGUCACCACAACACUUCAGGGGCUCGGUGCCUUUGACGAGCUGGACGAGAAGAGUCUUCAUAUGCUGGGUAUGCAUGGCAGUGCAUAUGCUAAUAUGUCGAUGCAAAAUGCGGAUCUCAUCAUUGCCCUAGGAGCUAGAUUCGAUGAUCGAGUUACGCUCUCGGUGAGCAAAUUCGCUCCCAAAGCCAAACAGGCGGCUUUAGAGAAGCGUGGUGGAAUUGUUCACUUCGAUAUCCUACCUAAGAAUUUGAACAAGGUCGUCCAGUCUACCGAGGCCAUCGAAGGCGACGUUGCAACUAACCUCAGACAUCUCCUACCCAAGCUUACGCCCCGGACCAUGGAGUCCCGGGCUGAAUGGUUUGAGCAGAUCAAUGCUUGGAAGGCCAAGUUCCCCUUGAAUGCGUACGCGCGUGCCGACGACGCCGACGGAAACGGCAGAAUAAAGCCCCAAACGGUCAUCGAGGAGCUAAGCAAUCUAACCGCUCACCGAAAGGAGACAACCAUCAUUACAACUGGAGUCGGUGCACACCAGAUGCAUGCGGCUCAGCAUUUCCGCUGGAGAACGCCUCGCACUAUGAUUACUUCAGGUGGACUCGGAACCAUGGGCUUCGGCAUCCCAUCUGCAUUGGGGGCCAAGGUUGCGCGGCCCGAUGCUCUCGUGGUAGACAUUGACGGAGAUGCCUCUUUCUGCAUGACUCAAACCGAGCUGUCCACGGCCGCAGAGUUUCAAAUUGGCGCCAAAUUUAUUAUUCUGAACAAUGAGGAGCAAAGCAUGGUCGUGAUGUGGCAGAACCUCUUUUAUGAGGAUCGUUAUGCGCACAGUCACCAGAAAAACCCCGAGUUUGUCAAACUCAGCGAGGCAAUGGGAGUCCCGGCGAGAAGAGUCACAAAGCCCGAGGAUGUACGGGCAAGCCUUGAGUGGCUAAUCUCAACAGAUGGGCCGGCACUCCUUGAGGUCUUCACCGAUAAGAAGGUUCCCGUGCUUCCUAUGGUGCCCGCCGGUGCGGGAUUGGAUGAGUUCCUGGUCUGGGAUAGCGAAAAGGAUAAGGCUCGGAGAGAGCUGAUAAAGAAGCGGACUGGCGGUCUGCAUGGCUGA